CAGGGGAGAGAGAGAGAGUCAGGGGACGAGCUGCACCGACUCCAGUGUGUGUACAGCAGAGAGCGAGAGCGGGAGAGAGACACUCACACUGACUGAGGGACAGUUUGAUUUAUUUCUCUUCAGUUCGAGUCUGAAGCAGGUGUGGACAGACAGACAGACUGACAGACAGACAGACAGACAGCUAAAGCAGGUGACCCUCCUCUGACUCUCCUCUGAUGAUGGACGACUACACUCUCCCCUUCUGGAUUUACCUGGGCGUUUUGACCGUGUUUGUCGUUGGGGUCAUGAAGAAGAUUUUGGCAUCCCACCUGAGCGCUGCCCCCCCCCUGGUGGCCUGGCUGGGCGCCACCGUGCUGGUGGAGCGGCUGUGGGCGUUCUGCCUGCCUGCUGUACUACUGCUGGCACUGCUCGGCCUCGCCUGCUGCCUUUACUCCGCCGCCAGAACUGGCCCGCCACCCGCCACCCUUACCGCCCACGGCAAGGCUGUCUUCAUCACAGGCUGUGACUCUGGUUUCGGGAAGGCAACAGCAAAGCAUCUGGACGCUAUGGGCUUCGAGGUGUUUGCCACAGUGUUGGAUCUGUCAGGAGACGGAGCCAGAGAGCUGCAGAGGACCUGCUCCGCCCGCGUCACCCUCCUCCAGGUGGACAUCACCCAGCCACAGCAGGUCCAACAGGCACUGCUGGACACCAAGGCCAAACUGGGCCUCAAAGGUCUGUGGGGUUUGGUGAACAACGCUGGAGUAUGUGUGAACUUCGGAGACGCUGAGCUGUCGCUGAUGUCGAACUUCCGUGGGUGCAUGGAGGUCAACUUCUUCGGCACGCUGAGCAUCACUAAGAGCUUCCUGCCGCUGCUGCGACAAGCCAAAGGACGCAUCGUCACCAUCUCCAGUCCCGCCGGUGACCAGCCAUUUCCCUGUCUGGCAGCCUAUGGGGCGUCUAAAGCAGCUCUCAAUCUCUUCAUCAACACCCUGCGACAUGAGCUGGAGCCCUGGGGGGUCCGGGUCUCCACCAUCCUACCCUCCUCAUACAAGACAG